AUGACUACGCUGAAGGCCUACUGUCGCAAGUUUUCGCCCAACAUUUUCGUGCAAACGAAAUGCCAGAACUGCUUUCGGACCCGAGAAGUGCAUUCAGCCGAUGCCCUCGAGAAGAGUAAGACAAUUGAAUGGAUAAAUAAAUUGGACUCAAAUGAGAGGAUAGAUAAGAACCGUCGAAACGCGGCCUUAAGUGACGUAAAGAAGUUGAAGGCGUCGAUCGUGGAGUUGCAGGGCAUCAGCGAACAGGCCUCCCAACUGACCCACGAGUUGGUCUGCUGUCGGCAAGAGUUGAUCCAAUUGAGGAAAACCAUCAAAAACAAAGAGGACGACCACAACAAGACCAAGACGUACGACACGAACAUCGAGAAGAUUAAAAUCAUAUCUAUUAACGAGAAUCUCAAUAAUCACUGUCUGAAUAACGGGUUGAAUGGAUUGAACGAUAAGCAGAAGCUAAUUGUGAACAAUAAUAACUGUCACGACGUGAGCGGCAAACAGAUCCCAUCCAACAAUCAGAUCGUUAAGCAAAACAAAGAUUUGGAGACAAUUAGGAAAUUGAAUUGCGAGCUGAAGGAAGCGCAGAGCAAUUAUGACUUCUUGGAGAUCGCGUACGAGAGGCUCACGAAGAAGAUCAUCGAAAUGGAGAGAACGCACGAAUCGGACCUGAAUCUCAUGAAAGACAGAAUCAAUGACUUGACACAAAAGCUGCUCACAUCUGAACAACUGCUAAGACUCGCCAAACAAAAGAUCUCGAAAUACGAGUCGAGACACGAGCGCAGGAGGAGCUCACUGAAGGGAAAAGUGGCCGUUUGUGCCGACAUUUGA